GCUCAGCACCCUGCAGAUGCAACACCACCAACCACUCAUCACAUCUGCCCAUGGAAACAAGAAAAAAGAACUCUUCUCUCAACAUCCCCGCUAACAACACCGUGGGGAUCCCUCGAGCCAACAACAGACGCCAAGCGGAACAAACUGCUAGCAAACACCCCAGAGUCCGAGACAAAUUUCCAUGAAAAUGUCAUUGCGCCAGCUGUACAGAGAGCACUAGGCGAGCUCGCCUUUGCCUUCCACUCAGGUGCAGUCACCAAAUGGUUUCAUCCUAGACAUCUUCUGGAUGACCACAUGCAGCGCAGAGACAAGGACUGGGUUGAAUGUGAACUGCACAAUGGAAAAUGCGGCCAAAUGACCCAGGGCGAGCCACCAUGUAUUCUCUCACCAAGUACUCCAAAUCUUUUCUCCUCCACCUGCGCCCUGAACACCCUCGUGAAGAAUCCCUCGCCGGAAUCGACUGUGAUUGGUAUUCCCAAGAGAACGACAGAGCAGGGCUCUGUCGUAUAUGAGGAAUACAGAAUCCCACCUGAAGCAGCAUUCGUCCAAGGCCUACUGCCCUUAAAGACCUCACACCGGAACCAACUGCAAGGUACAGGAAAACACCCCAUCCCACCACUCCCCAAACAAAAGAAAUUCAACCUCAUCCUCGCCGACCCUCCCUGGCCCAAUAAAUCCGUCCGACGAAACAAAGACUACGAUACAGAUUUCCAGAUGUCAGAUCUGAUCUCAAGCCUCGGCGCCGUGCUCCGGGAUUACUCGUACCCGCCAAACGCCUCGCGGGAAGUCGACGCCGACUCCAUGAACGCCCAUAAUGCAGGCGGCAUGCACGAUGAGACCAUCGCCGCAAUCUGGGUCACAAACUCGUAUAAAGCGAGAGUGGCGGCGCACGAGAUGUUUACCAGUGCUGGUUUUAAGUUGGUUGAGGAAUGGGUCUGGGUUAAGGUGACGGCGGACGGACGGCCUGUUUAUCCGUUAGAUGGGAUUGUGAAGAAGCCGUAUGAGAUUUUGAUGGUUGGGCGGCGGAGUUCGAGGAAUAAGGUGGAUGUGACUAGACGAGUCAUCGUCGCAGUACCGGACGUCCAUUCCCGCAAGCCAAAUUUGAGAGAGCUUUUCGAGAAAGUCUUUUUCGCUGGUGGUGGAUGCGGGUAUUCUGCGUUGGAGAUGUUUGCGCGGAAUUUGACGGCGGGAUGGUGGGCUUGUGGUGAUCAAGCUAUUAAGUUUAAUAUGGAGGAUUGGUGGGUUGAGAGCGAGGAUUGA